UUCUCGCGCGCAUGUGUUAAAUCAGAUGAAAAAACCCGGCAAAAUAAUCUGGAAAGUUGUUACUCAUUCAACAUUCAAACCUUUUCCCAAUUGCAUUAAAACUUUGUAGAUCAUGGAAUAUGAGAGUGAAUCCACAAUUUGUGGCAUAUGUGGAAAUUUCGACAAGUUAGUAACACUCAACACACCAGAGCAACUCUUAGUCAGAGAAGUCUUCAAAUGUAUUUCUCUACACCCUCGCUCUGCCAAAGCCUGCGACCUCUGUAUGCAUAAACUCUACAAUUUCAAAAAUUUCCUCAAAGAAAUCAUCCUCAACCAAGCCAAACUCCAGAAGACUCAUGAAACAACAAUGCAACAGGACCCAAAUAAAAGCCAAGAUGAGACAAACGAACCCCACACCGAUAAAUACAACUGCAAAUGCUCCAAUUGCCAAAAAAAAUUCGGCAGUUUACCCCUUUUAGUCCAAGUCAUUGAACAAAACGAAGAUAAGACUGAACCAUUGCCAUCCACAAGUCGUGAUUUAUCUCCGAGAACUAGUAGAAAAACCAUGAAAUGCACACAUUGUGACAAAACUUUUAGUCAUAAAGGUGAUUUGAAUAAGCACGUGCGAACGCACACGGGAGAACAACCGUUUUCCUGCUCCGUCUGUGAUAGAAAAUUUGCACACACGUCGAAUCUAGCGAGGCAUUUGAGGCUCCACAGCGGCGAUCGGCCCUUUACUUGCGAAAACUGCAACAAACAUUUCAGUCGGAAGGACAAAUUGGACCUGCACCGCAGGAGCAAAAACUGCAAGAAAACCAGCUAACCACGCCUGCACCCACAUUUAAACAAAGUACAAUUUUAUUACCUUUUUUAUCUAAACGUUUAAUAAUUUUCUAGUUUAUAUACUAUCUGCUGUGUAAAUAUUAAAUACAUGUUUCUGUAAAUUUAUAAAA